CAGGCUAUACGUAACUCAAUUUUCACUGCACGGUUGUUUAUUUAUAUUCCCUCUGUGGAGGUUGAUUGAAUGUUUCUAAUUGGCACCGAAUUGUUCACAGCCACCUCCUGCACAUAUCAAUAGAAAUUAGUUCUUCCAUUACCACACAAUUUCACCCAAUUAGUGCAUACUUUAAAUUCGCCUAUUAAUAAUAAUUAACUGAUUAUGGACAGGGACCCAAUCAAUAACGUGAUAAUAAAGAGCAUACUUAGUGGGACAAAUUUGUCUCUUUAAGUGGAAAAUAUUUUCAAUGCUCCUGUAUCAUAUACGUAGCAGAAAAUAUGUGGGGAUGUGAUAAUAUGUAACACACAAGGAAACAAUGUCCAACGGGUGCUAUCUGUGGCUGCAGUGCUCCACCUGGCUGGAAAUUUUGACCUGCUAGUGCCAAAUGUUUAGUAUAUAAAAUAUGUUUUACGUUGCGCAUCAGGCAAUUGAAGGUGCCACCUACUAUCGUAUUCUGGGUUUUUAAACAAAUUUGGUUCCAAGUAAGUAAAAUGGACUUAAUGUUGCCUCACACAAGCAUGCAUGCACACAGACACAUGCACAGAAAAAUAUUAACCACACCGUACCCAGACUGUGUUUUAAAGUUCUUGUUCCUGCCCCCCGCCCCCACACACACAACUGACCUGACCUCUGCAGACGUUUCACAGUCAUCUGAGCACUGGAGAGAUAGCUGGCUACCUCGGAGGACGAUACAACUCUGA